AUGCGUCCGCCACAGUCGAUGACGCCGACGAAGAGCAGACCGAGCAUGACGCAUCAACCGAUAGCCAGCCCGGUCUUGUCGCCGAGCGAGGCAGAACGCUCGUUCGUAACGCCAGCAGCUCAAUGCGCUCCGUCAAAUCACCCCAGGGUCAGCGAUCAGAGCCCCUCGGAAGUGGGGUCGAUACCGCCGAACACGCAGGGCGGACAUGCCCUGUGCGACGAAGCAUGUCUACCAUUUCCACAUGUUCUGGACGACCAGACCCUGUACAGCGGAGUCGAUCCUCCAUAUCUGCGCACUCCCAAGGUAGCAGCAUCCACAGGCCAUACGAGUAUAAACAGCGCAGCGGUGGACACUGCUCCAAGUGCCACAGUCAUCGACACUCCGGACAAGGCGAGAUCAUCGGAUACAUUCAGGACGAGCGGGUACGAAACGUGCACAGAACUGGAGAUCCCUACCACAUUUCAGGACCAAGAAAAAAGCGCGAAACAGUCUGGAUACCAAUCUAUUCAAACCAGCUUAUGCCUCGAGGCACGCCACACACCAGCCGAACCAAUACACCGCAGCACAGUUCCACAAACCUUCCGCACGAGCAAGCAGCCUCACGCAGCAGCCAAAAGCUCCCACAACAUGUCCACAUCGCAAGUAGUGACGGCGGCUCCAGAAUGUACAACGAUCCGCGAGCUGUCGCCGACACCAAGGCUGAAUACGCCAGCCGGCACAAUCCCAAGAAACUCGCGCAGAAACGAGCUGGACGGCCCACGGUACAAGAGACUGCCCCGUCUUCUCCUUCCUAUGUCAGAAGAAGCGGCUCACCUCAUACGAUCAACGAGCCCGAAUGGGUCAACGGCAAGCCUCAGCAGCCCGACGACAACUGAGGGGGACUUCAGUCCGGUUGAUGGCACCUUUGAGACUCCUCAGACAUCACCAGAGGUGAGUCCGACGCGACUUAAGGCGAGUCGAAUUUUGAAGCUGGAGUCUGUGCUCGGACAAGUCCAUGGCAGUGGUAGCUCCAGCCUAAGUGAGUCACAGCCGGAGGACAUCUUCGGAGAGGAGACGCCGCUUGUACCUGCUAGCCCUGCCAAGGGUACAGAAACACACUCUUCGCGAACAAGAUGUGGCCCAGGUUACCGCGGCAGACGCCCAAGUAUGUUGCUAAAACACUGUGAGCGGCAUUCCUCACCUCGUCAACGACAGGUUAUGGCUGAGAGCAUGCGAUCCCCUGAUCGUUUUGUGCCAAGUCGGGCGUCUACGCCUACAAAAGACACACUGUACCUGGCAAGACCUGCAGGAGCGAGCUCUAGUGGGCGAGAUACUUUGCAUCCCAAUCUAGCAGACCCCUUCGCUCCCGCACCUCGCCGUAGCGUUCGCAUGGCGGCGCAGUAUGCGAUAUUACGCGCACCUGCACCCCUGCCGCGGGAGAUCGGGAGAAGAGGCACUGGUGUGGUACCUACGGCCGAUGCUGGUCGCCGUGCUAUGAGCGAUGGUGCUAUCUGGACUGUUGGUAGCACCAUGGUCACUGAGGGCGUGCUGAGUACCACGAAUGGCCGAGGCGGUCGUGUAACCAGCGGUACAAGUGCACCACAUCACAUCGCCGACUUUUUGCGAAAACCAUCGUUUAGCGAAGAAGAGCGUAUGCACGGUCGUCGCUUGGCGCUGGCUAUGAAGGUCAAUCAGGAGUCGCGCAUGCUUGUCCACAGCUCGCCUUCCUCGCUUAGGGUCGACAGUGGCAGAUCGAAUCAACCACCAAGCAUCAGUCGCGUCUGGGACAACUGUCAUUGGAGCACAUCUACACCGAGCACGCCUACCAGAAGCCAAACGAAGCCUACAAAGGACAUACCAAUCAUACCCUUUCGUGUGCUUGAUGCACCUGCUUUACGAGAUGACUUCUACUGCUCCCUGCUUGCAUACUGUCCGACGAACCACUGUCUGGCUGUCGGUCUUGGCCCGCACGUCUUUUUAUGGUCUGAAGCUAAGGAUACCACGAAGCCUACGAUACCAGAUUCGCUUGCCGCACCUUUCGCUUCACACGUCACUUCACUGUCUUUCAGCUCACGAGCAGGCCGCAGCGCAAUCUUGGCUAUCGGCAGAGCAGACGGUCGCAUCACGCUCUGGAGCCCACUCGAUCGGGAUCCGCGCUUCGAUAGCGAGCAGCCAGCUCCUGUGUCCAACGUCUGCUUCCGCCCAACUACUGUCUCUCGGCCGUCGAUUCGAGAUCCGAUCAUAACCACGCAGGCGGAGGAGCUGUUAGUCGGGGAUGAAGUCGGCAAUGUCUACUUCUACUCUGUCGAAUGGCCUGAUCACGACCAAAGAGAUCUCUUCGACUGGCAUGGUAGUAUGACCCUCCUCGCACGAUUUACUUGUCACAGCCAGCAGAUCUAUGGAAUCGCCUGGAAUCCAGAGGGAAGCUUCUUCGCCACUGGCGGCAAUGACAACCAGCUAUUUCUGUUCGAGACCAAGAAAAUAACUCCGCGCUACAUCACUUCCGCAACACGACAGCGUAAUCGAGGAAAUAGUGAUGCUACGGUCAACGUGCGCUCUGAUACAGGCACUGUGGAAGGUCAAGGUGCUAUCCUCACCAUCGCGCCUGAGCAUGCAAGCAAAGUCUAUUCGCUGAAUGCCGCCGUCAAAGCCAUAGCCUUUGCUCCAUGGCAGCCAUCACUUGUCGCAGCUGGGGGCGGCAGCAAUGAUCGGUGCAUCCACUUCCUGCAUACCCUGUCUGGUGCCAGUCUUGCGACAAUCGACUGCCACGCUCAAGUGACCAGCCUCGUGUUCUCCGAGAAGAGGAAAGAGAUUGCAGCGACAUUUGGUUUCGCGCAACCGGAGCACCCUUUCAGGGUAGCUGUCUUCGCGUGGCCAAGCUGCAAGCUUGUAGUGGGUAUUCCGUGGUUCACUGAAGAAAGAGCACUCUAUGCUGUCGCUUACCCCGGCCAUCCGGCUGGCCGUGAGAAGGCCGCAAAGACUGGCAAUGAGGGGAAAGUAGGUCAUGAUGCUCGGAAAAACCGAAAAGAAGGCUGUCUCGUGGUGGCUACGAGUGAUGCAAGUAUCAAAUUCCAUGAGAUAUGGGCGGAUACACCUUGUGAUGGUGAGCGUGGGACGCUUGGAGGUAGCUCGAUUCUGGAGGGUAUGUUGGACUUGGAGAGGGUGGGAGGUAUACGUUGA